CUAAAAAUGUCAAAUCAUUUUACACCACGUUUCGCAAUCAGUAAUGAUCAAUAACAAUGAUUGCACUGUUUCAAAGGGGCCAUUAAAAUAGUUGCAGUUGUCUUGGUUCUUACACUUAGUUUCACCCUUCGUUUCAGUUUAUUUUCCUGCUUUUAAUCUAUGAACCCUGAUUUUUGAAGAAACCUCAUUUGUAUUAUGGAUCCAUUAGGGGCAAGCUGUUACAGCUUACAUAAAAUUGAUCCUUCUACAGGACCGUCGUACGACCGGAAACGGGAUGAAAACCUUACAGAAGUAACAGCAAGCACCAAAUCACUUAGUUUUUAUGACAAUAAAACGUUUAAAAGUUUAUUACCACAAAUUUUUGCUACAUUACUCGCAUCGUCCUUUCACAUAACAGUAGGCAUAUCUUUAGCGUAUUCGGCAGUAUUAGUACCACAACUGGAAAGCCCAGAAAGUAAUGUUAAAGUUACCGUCACCGAAAGUUCAUGGAUAGCCAGUUGUGUAGCGUUAGUGGUGCCAUUAGGGUCCAUUGGAAGUGGCUUCCUAAUGGACAGGAUAGGACGUUUGAACACCAUCAAGUUAGCCGCAAUCCCUAACAGUAUAGGAUGGGCAAUCAUAGCACUAGCGACUAAUGCGCCGAUGCUUUUAAUUGGACGAUUAUUAACAGGGUUCGCGGGGGCUGUUGGUACAGCCCCUAUAAUUGUUUAUGUCACCGAAAUAGCAAGGCCUGACAUGAGAGGUGCCCUUUUGUGCACUUGUCCCUUGUGUGCCGCCCUUGGGAUGGUCAUAACGUAUCUACAAGGCUGGAUAUCGAAUUGGCGCAUUGUAGCGUGGAGUUGUAUAAUUUAUACCAUUGUUCCUAUAUUGUGUCUAUGGUUCAUAUACGAGAGUCCCGUGUGGUUAAUUAGUAAAGGAAAACACGAAAGGGCCAAGAAGUCCUUGGAGUGGUUCCACAAAUACCAAAACAAAAAUCCUGAACAAAAUUUCGCUCACAUUCAGCUUUCAAUUUUACAAAAGGAACACAAAAUUAAAUUAGAACAGGAACAACAGGAGAAAAGACGCGGCGGUGCUGCCCAAAUGUUAAAGAAAUUCUCCAGACCCACGGGAUACAAACCCCUCAUAAUUCUUCUAGGAUUAUUUUUUGUCCAGCAGUUUUCAGGAAUAUAUGUGACCCUCUUCUACGCAGUGACAUUCUUCCAAGCCGUUGGUAGUGACAUUAACCCAUACAUGGCGUCAGUUUUGAUAGGUGCCGUUCGAUUUCUGAUGUCCAUAGUAAACACAGUAUUACUUAAGAGGUUUCGAAAAAGGAUCCUGAUGAUGAUCAGCUGCUGUGGAAUGGCCGUUUGCAUGUUCGUAUCCGGUCUUUUCACACAACGGAUACACAAAGGAACAACAACUCACACAUGGGUUCCUGUGGUGGCCCUUCUAAUGUACGUGGUGACAUCCAUGAUAGGUCUUAUGGCUAUCCCAUGGACCAUGACUGCGGAAAUGUUCCCGUUGGAUAUUCGGGGCGUAGCUCAUAGCAUUACCAUCGGAAUUGCGAACGUACUCAUGUUCGCAGCCGUUCAAAGUUACAGGUCCCUCGAUGUAACCCUGGGGGGCGCCCACGCCGUCCAAUAUUUCUACGGGGUUGUGUGCCUCACAGGACUCAUUUACGUGUACAUUUUCGUCCCGGAAACAUACGGGAAGAAAUUGUCGGAAAUCGAAGAGUAUUUUAACAACAACACCAUCUACUUAACGCACAAAUUGAGGGUAAAAAACGAGGCGAAAAAGGCAAAAAAACAAAAGAAUUCUAAAAUCAGAGAAGUCAUCGAGAACAAUGACAAUAACGAACAGUGCGAGAAAAUGAUACCAGCUUAGAAAACUCAUAGAACAGACAAUUAUAUGUAUGUAUAUGUAAUGUAAUGCAAUACACAAACAACAACAAUCU